CUCUCAUGUCUACAUUCUAGAUUUCCUGUGUAACUCGUUUUUUAAGGGAAAAAAGUGUUGAACAUCAUGUAAAUUCUCAUACAUAUGCCUUCAAACUGCGAAGCUCGGUGAAUUGCAGACGCAGAUCAGGUCAUUAUUACCAAGACCUAACUGGCGAAGCAGCGCUGCUCUGUCUUCGCUUAUUGAUCAAUUUCCUUCUCCAACAAACGAUCAAUUGGAUUCAAUUUUACGAAGAAAAGAGGGUUUUAAUAGGAUAAGGAAACAUGGCUCAGAAUGAUGGGAAUGAAAUGGACUAUGUCGCAGAUGAUAAUGAGAUGGCCGAAGUAGAAAAUGAUUCAUAUAUCCGCGGAAGAGUAUAUGGUGGUUCAGAUUCAGAAGAUGAGGAUGAUGAUCAAUAUGACCCUUUGGAAAACAAUAUAUCAGAUACCACCGCUACAGAAGCCAGGGGGGGAAAAGAUAUCCAAGGUAUACCUUGGGAGAGACUGAGCAUUACUCGUGAUAAGUACAGACAGACAAGACUAGAGCAGUAUAAGAAUUAUGAAAAUAUACCGCAAUCAGGGGAAAUGUCUGAGAAGGAAUGCAAACCUACAGAUAAAGGGGGAAAGUAUUAUGAUUUCUGGCAAAACACUCGAUCUGUGAAAUCAACAAUACUUCAUUUUCAAUUGAGGAACUUGAUUUGGUCAACUUCAAAGCAUGAUGUGUAUCUUGUUUCACAUUACUCUAUUAUUCACUGGUCUUCACUAAGUUGUAAGGGAUCUGAAGUUUUGAAUGUAUCAGGGCACGUAGCUCCAUGUGAGAAACAUCCUGGAAGCCUUUUGGAAGGAUUUACCCAGACGCAAAUUAGUACAUUGGCUGUACGAGAUAAGUUGAUGAUAGCCGGAGGUUUUCAGGGAGAACUAAUUUGCAAGUACUUAGAUCGACCUGGGAUUAGCUUCUGUACCAGAACUACUUAUGAUGAUAAUGCAAUAACAAAUGCAGUGGAGAUUUAUGAGGAUCGAAGUGGAGCCAUUCAUUUCAUGGCUUCAAAUAAUGACUCUGGAGUUAGAGACUUUGAUAUGGAGAGAUUUCAGCUUUCCAAGCACUUCUGUUUCUCUUGGCCAGUAAAUCAUACUUCAUUGAGUCCUGAUGGUAAACUACUCGUAGUUGUCGGAGACAACCCAGAUGGGUUAGUUGUGGAUUCUCAAACAGGGAAGACUGUCACGUCAUUAUGCGGACACUUGGAUUACUCGUUUGCAUCAGCAUGGCAUCCUCAAGGUUAUAUUUUUGCUACUGGGAACCAAGACAAGACGUGUCGUGUUUGGGACGUCCGGAACAUGUCAAAGUCUGUAGCCGUGCUGAAGGGUAACCUUGGAGCCAUUCGAUCAAUACGAUUCACAUCUGACGGACAGUUCAUGGCGACGGCCGAGCCAGCCGACUUUGUGCACAUCUAUGAUGCAAAGCAAGGGUUUGAGAAGGAGCAGGAGAUUGAUUUUUUUGGCGAGAUCUCUGGUGUAUCGUUCAGCCCUGAUACAGAAUCGCUUUAUAUUGGUGUUUGGGAUCGCACAUACGGUAGCCUUCUUCAGUACAACCGACGAAGAAAUUAUAUGUACCUUGACGCCUUGUAAAUUUGUCAUCAUGUAUGUUGUAACUGUAAGUACCCUGAUAAUACUCCGGCUUAUAUCCAAAAGUUCAGGAAUUUAAUUGUUGAAAAUGAUUUGGUGGUUUGGCCCAUCUCAUCAUACAAUUUUAGGAAGGAAUGGCCCGAAGAUGUUUUAUGGUUGUACUUGUCAUGUCAAAUAAUAUUGACUGCUAGUCUUUUACA